UGAGGAUACCGACGAUGGUUUUUCUGCAGUAGCCACGGGUUUGAACAUGGACAGCAAGGAAGCUUGACGCGUCGCGGUUUGUUUCUUGUUGCUUUUCGCGCUGUCGUCCUCGCUAUUCUUGCGCUUAUUAUCCGGUGUACUGGUCAUGGCGGGAAUAAGUGACCUUAUCAGUGACAGACAAGUGAAGAAACCAAAUGGUGCGCAGAAAAAAAAAAGCCAAAAAUUUUCCCCGCGUCGUUUCUUUUUCAUUGACAGCACGACGCGACAAAGGCCAGUCUGACUAUUUGGCGAUGAAUGUCAUUUACAAUGCCCGAAUACAACAAGCUUUUGUACGAUCCAUACUGUUUCGUUCAUGUGGGAAAUGCAAAGGUCGUCUCGUUUAUGUCUCCAAAAACCGCAACGAUCAAACGGCGUCGUUUUACUGUGAAGCUUGUCAACAAUUCGUUCAAAGUAUAAAGGCAUCAUACAAACUGCAGUUUAUCGCUUUCAACCCGCAACAGCAACGAUUUGAGAACUAUGUAGCGUAUGAAGAUGCGCUUCAGCCGAUAUUAGGUCGUACGGCUCAAGAGCUGGAAGAGUUUUUGAAACAGAAUACAAACGUGUUGGAUUUUAUCGAACGUCAACUACUGCAGCUUAACUGCCAUCUAAUUUUACGUGUGGCUCGCUCAAAUAGGGAUACAGCCAAGGGGGUAGAGGCCAUUGUGCCCGUGGUUGAUCAGAACGAAUGGGUUCCAAUCGUACAAAAAUUCAUUGAAUAUAAACAGCAAACCACGCUCAAGCUGGACAAAGUCUUGCAAAAAGAGCUAUCGUCAUUGUCAUUGCACCUCUUGGAAAGAUUGAACGUCGAAUCAAGUAUGGAACCUUGAUAUUGAAGGAAAUUACCCAUUCCUGGACAUUAUCCACUACAACCAUCCUGCAGAUGGAAUAUAUUGUGGGUCGGAAGGGCGAUUAUGACUGA